GAAGGAACUGCGAGGUGGCGUUGGCGUACCAAUAUGGUUUCUUCGUGAAUGUAUUUACUGGCGUCUGGGUAUAAAUAUGGCGUAUCUAGUUGCGUGGGUGUACAAAGAUGGUUUCUACUAUUUGCCUAUCUGGAGCUGGGCGUUAAAAUUAUUAUUAGUAAACCGAAAUAUACAUUACCUCGGUCGGUCGCAGGUUAAUGACGUCACUAGAACGCAAUAUAAAGAAAAACUGGAGAAAUGGAGGCAAAUAAAACGUUAAACAAAGAGAAUGGAGGGAAAUCUCGUAAGAGGGUUUAUGAACAUGAUUUGUCCCCUACCGAUGUAUCAAGACGCCAUCUAGAAUCUUUUCCCAACCUCUCAUCGCAUCACUCGCUGUACGAGAAAUCUUUUCCAUUUUACAGGAUGCCCUCUGAAGUGGGGCAAUUUUCGCUAGAUAAGGAGCGGCGUUACCAUGGUGAUGCCAGAAAGUUGCGCUAUUACCGGCCACCGACAGAAGGCAAAUGGGCUUCUCCUGGCUGGGACUUAAUAGAUGGAUAUGAAGAUUGUUAUGCUCGAAGAGACGAGGAGGAGAAAGAAGGACUUCUGCACAUUCUGACCUGGGCCAAGGACAAUCAGGAAAAAGUUGGGGGACCUACAGGCAGUGGUAGCAAGAGACCUGUGAAUCGUGACUUUGUGACCUGGCGUGGUCACCUCACUAAGAUUCUGUGUACGCCAUUUGAGACACAGGAAGGUUGGCUUUUGGCAGUAACCUUGUUUAAGGGAACUUUUUACCUGAGUGAGAAAGAAACAGAGGCUGCCCGUAAGAAGAGGCUGGAGAGGACAUGUGAACAGGAUAAGCUCAUGUACUCUGGGUAUAAAUUUGAGAGCUAUAUGUGUGCAGACACCCCUGACGGCUCUCCCAAUCCCUCUGGUGUGGUGAACACUAAUGAGGGCUUUUGUAGUGUCCUGCUAGCUCGUCUUGCCUCACAUUCUAUCCUGCUUUCCGGGGAGGUGGACUGUGUGGACCCAUCAGCUUCCAAGCCUCAGCCCCCUUCCUGCUAUGUGGAGUUGAAGUCCAGCGCCCAAAUAUGGAACCCCCACCAACAGCGCAGCUUUAACAGGUAUAAGCUCCUCAAAUGGUGGUGUCAGUCCUUUCUGCUUGGGAUUCCACUUAUUGUUGCUGGAUUUCGCAGUCAAGAGGGAAAAGUUGUGGCACUACAGAAGUUCCGGACAUCAGAGAUACCCCUCUUAGUUCGGGGAGACAAAAACAGCUGGGACCCUGCUGUCUGUAUGAAUUUUUGUGAUGCCUUCUUGACUCACAUCAAAAAUGUGGUGAACAGAGACGACCCCGGGCUCGUUUACCUCUUUUCUUGGGAACCUGGAUCAGACGUCACUUGCUCCAUGUAUUCCGACCCAGAUCUCUUAAUUCUUCCACCAUGGUAUGUGGAAGCCAUGAGCCGUUGAUUUUUACCUUGGCAUAUGGACCCUCUAACCUAGGGCAUGGAUUUAGCCGGAAGUAGGAGUGGAGAUAUAAUAGUAUCUUUCCCCAAAACCACAGAGACUGAGCCACUAAAUGAUACUGAUUAAAACUUCUCCUCCUGGACCUUACUGAUUGAUAUUUUUACUAUGUGUAAAUAUUUAUUUACAAAAAAUAUUUUUAAAUAUAUAUUUUUUUUAAUGUG